AUGGGUGACAUAGGCCAUUCUGCUUGCGAACAGAGGCGAAUCCAAAAGAAGGUCGAAGAGCUGUUCGACAUAAUCAAAUUUGACAUUAUAUCCAAAAAAUAUAGAAGCUACGUAAUUUUGGAUCAACAAUCACAUAUCAGCUUCUGCUUGCAUUCAUUAGAAAGCCUUCCAAAAUCAGUUUCUACUCUUAAUAGUGGAGAGCCAUGGCUACUGUUUUGGUUGCUGCAUGCAUUAGAACUUCUGAAUUAUCAAGUGAGUGACGAUAUAAAAGACAGAACCAUUGACUUCAUCAGUCAAUGUAAAUGCAAGAGAACUGGAGCCUUUUGCGGAGGACCUUAUCAGAUACCGCAUUUAGCACCUACCUAUGCUGCAGUAUCUGCUUUAAUGACUCUGGACUGUGAUAGAGCUUUAGAAAUUAUAGACAGGCAAGGGAUCAGAAACUUUAUUUUAUCAAUGAAGCGGCAAGAUGUAAAAGGAGCGUUUACCAUGCAUGAGCAUGGAGAAAGCGAUAUGAGGUCAAUUUAUUGUGCGAUCUCUGUGUCAAGUAUUUUAGGAAUUUUAGAUGAAGAAAUUAUGCGAGAUGUCCCAGAACACAUAGCCAAGUGCCAGUCAUAUGAAGGCGGGAUUGGUGCAGAGCCUUAUGGAGAAGCUCAUGGCGGGUACACUUAUUGUGGAUUAGCAAGCCUGGUGCUUAUGAACAGAACAGAUGUGCUGGAUUUGGAUAAACUGAUGAGCUGGCUAGUGAAUAGACAGAUGAGCGUUGAAGGAGGGUUCAAUGGAAGGACAAAUAAGUUGGUGGAUAGCUGCUACUCAUUUUGGGUCGGGGCAUGCUUUCCGUUAAUAAAGGAAGUCAUGAAUAUCCCUACUGAAAUUUCUUUAUACGACCCUCUAGCAUUGCAGGCUUAUGUGUUGGUAGCUUGCCAAGCUGUUAUGGGGCUGUUUGAUAAACCAGGGAGCUCCCCUGACUUUUAUCACACUGCGUAUUCUCUCGGAGGAGUUUCACAUGCUGAAAAUGACAAUGGGCCUGUCCAAUGGAUUUUCAAAGAAGGUAUGGUAGCGCUUGCUCCAAAUGAUCCACUUUUUAACGUCGUAAGAGACAAGGUCACUCGCGCACGCAGAUAUUUUGAAAAAAUACCAUUAAAUUAA